CCUGCGCGUUGGCGCCGCUGCACGCCGCCGUCUUGGACCCGCUGAGGGGUCGCCGGAGCCUCUCCGCGCGGCGGGGCUGGGGCCGGCGUGGGCCCUGCAGGGCGGCCCCGAGUGGUGGUGGGCUGCUGCCGCCUUGGCCUCUCCCGGGCGCAGAUGGAGUCGUCCCGUGGCCGCUAGCAGGAGGGUGCUGGAGGACGACCCGGGCUUAUGAGUGAGAUGGCGUUUAAGGACUGCUUCAGUUUGAGCUACCCUGGCAACCCCCACCCAGGGGACUUAAUUGAAGUGUUCCGUCCUGGCUAUCAGCACUGGGCGCUGUACUUGGGCGAUGGUUAUGUUAUCAAUAUAGCGCCUGUAGAUGGUGUUCCCAUGCCAUUUACCAGCGCCAAGUCUGUGUUCAGCACAAAGGCCCUGGUGAAGAUGCAGCUCUUGAAGGAUGUUGUGGGAAAUGACACAUAUAGAGUAAACAAUAAAUACGAUGAAACAUACCCGCCUCUCCCCGUGGAAGAAGUCAUACAACGGUCAGAGUUUGUUAUUGGACAGGAGGUGGCGUAUGACUUAUUUGUCAACAACUGUGAGCAUUUUGUGACUUUGCUUCGAUAUGGAGAAGGAGUUUCAGAGCAGGCCAACCGAGCAAUAAGUACCAUUGGGUUUGUGUCAGCUGCUGUUGGUGCCUUCUCAUUCCUGGGCUUGUUUCCAAAAGGACAAAGAGCAAAAUACUAGUAACAAUUUACUGAAGAGAUAUUGGAACUGAAGGAAUUUAUGAGGAAGGAAAAAAACCUAGGAUGAAUACUUAUUUUCAAUACAUCAUUAUUGUUCCAAAUUCCAAUGAUGGAUGGCAGGCUCUUUAAUAAAUUGCUUACUGAUAUUAUCUUA